AUGCCCCCAAAGAAGAAGGCACGAGUGUCCCAGGCUGCCACGCCAGACCCUGAGCCAGCCACUCCAGUAGCGGCGACAACAGAGAAGACGGAUGAGCAGAUACUCAACGACCCAUGGACCGACGAUGAGGAGAUCGGCCUGUUCAAGGGGCUUAUGCGGUGGAAGCCUACAGGAAUCCACAAGCACUUCCGGCUAAUGGCUCUGCAUUCGUGGAUGCUGGAAAACAACUACAUCCACCCUCGAAACGAACAUACGAAACCACCAGGCAUAUGGGCGAAGCUCAACACAUUGUAUGACCUCCCAGCACUCGAUGCGCGGGAGAAUGCACGACAACUAUCGCCGGAAUGGACCUCGGAAGAGCAGGAGGAGGAAGCCCAGAAAGAGGCAGAGGAAGAUGGAGCCGAGGUAUACAGUCUAGCGGCCAACAAGAUUGAGAAUGAAGACUUCUCUCUACCACCUGAGGACGGGUUCGAUGACCUGAUGUGGAAGGCGAGGUUUCCGUUGGAGAAAGGAGAGGAAAGCGACUUUGAGCUGCCAGAGCUCAACCUUGCGGACCAGCCUCCUAUACGUUUUACACCGAGCUUUAGUAUCGAACCGAGCGAAGCUGCUACGCCAAGUUCGAAAAGAGGCAGGGGUGGACCGCGUGGUAGAGGUUCAAAAGCGGGCGCUGCUGCUUCAGAUGCUGGUGCAAGGCGAAGGAGUACAAGAAACACCGAGAGUGUCGCAGAUAAAGAGGAGGAGAAAGAAGAGGAGGAAGAGGCCGAGAAAGACGAGGGAGAUGAGGAGGAUGAGGAUGAAGAAGACGACAGCGAUGAAGAGGAGGAAGAGGAGGAGGAAGAAGAAGAUCAAGAGAGUGCACCUGCUAAGCGGAGAGGACGGUCAGCGAAAGUUACAAGAGGCAAAGGAGCUGGGCGAGGGCGAGGUCGAGGGCGAGGGCGAGGAAAGUGA